AUGCGUAAGCUGUUGGGAUUGAUCGUCACGAUGCAACAAGAAUGUGAGAGACGUGGCAAUAUGUUGGAUGAGUCAACCAUUGCGCAACUCUAUCAAGAAGUUGGUGUCUCAUCGAGUGGUAUGCAAUCGGCAGACAGCCUUCUGCAACAACUUUGCAGUUUGAUUACGAACGAUUCGUCUUCGACUGGUGCCAUCAACAACGCACAAUCUUACGACAGCAACGCCGCUGGCAGUCAACUGAAUCUUCAAAGUUUUGGAAUAGCGGCGGCAUCGGUGGACGAGCAGUCUGGUCCGGCAAGUUUCGUCUAUCCAGGAGCACAGAUCCUCUCUGAACAAAGCUCAGAUAACGUUCGGCUGGAUAACACUUCUGCACAAACGGCUUACCNAACAUACCACUUGUUCAUGGCUCAACAGUAUGUUUAUGCGGCCAGACAAAAGUUGAAGAAGUUAGCUGCAAAACUGAUCGAAAACGAAAGAAAUGUGUCAUCCACAAAUUCAGUACCAUCGAACGAUGCGCUACGGUCAUCGUCGCUUUUAUCCGGUGAUGGCGGGCACCAGAUCGCAAGAGUUAAAGAUAAAACCGGUGCGCUUUCUGGUGCAGCUGGAGUUUCAGCGAGAAGUUCUCUUCAAGCAUCAUCAAUUAAUAAACGAACCAAUUUGAAAGGAGCGAAUAAGCAUGAAAAAUCGAGAAGGUUUGUGAUGGCGAAGACGAGGAAGAAUCCUGACUAUCAACAUAGACAAAAAUUACUUGACACUAAACCAGGCCUUAGCCAGUGGACCGGAGCGAAUAAUCCGGCCAAUAAUACAAACUUGAGAACGACGACUGUUGCUACCGCUUGUGGAUUAUCUCCCAGCUCAUCUUCUCUUCAACAGACCUCAGUGGAUGCGUGGAAUACGAUGGGUACCGUCGAAAAGGACAUCCGCUCAUCGAGUUUCAUUAAUGCCCCAGCAAUCACGUCGAAUCGUUUGGAUAAUUUCGAUCAAAAUGAAUUGAAUAUGGGAAAUGAUGCGAAUGCAAAGAAGACGUUGAGCAGAAAAGAGAGGCGUGCACAACGUCGUGCUGCCUUUCUCGCAGCAAAAGCGGUCGAAAUAGCUGAAGCAUCGACACGAGCAGCAGUGGAACCGAUCGAAUUAGAUGAUGACAUCAAUAUCAGUGACACGUCCAAGGAUCAGUUCUCUCCUUCAUGGCAGCAACAUCUGACGGGUGAUGGCGAUGCUAACGGUGGGUGUAGUGAUCGAACGUUUGAUCCGAACAUGGUUCAACGUAACGGAUAUUUAUCAUCAUCAAUUCCUAGCAAAACAAUGUCAGAGUCGAAUAUUUCGUCGAUGGUGUCGAACGCAUUCAGCAGCUCAGCAGUCGAAAAGACGGCAACAUGGGAGGAUCUCGGCUCGAAUAUUUCGGCUCUAUUCAACAGUAUCAAUAAAAAACAGCAACAAACAAAUAAUUCGAAGCGAGUUGCAUCCUGUUCAUCCAUCAACAAAUCUGAUGACGCACGUCAGAGAAAGGUUUCAUCUUGUAUGUCCACUGCAUCCACCGUCCACUCAUCAAAGACCCUCAAUAAUAACAAUGCUGAUAGUACAAAUAGCAAUGAUAAUAAUAUUAAGAGUGAUCCUCAUUCAUCGUCACAGUCAACCUCAACUGCUACGGUCGUCACUCAGUACAGUGCACAACCAACAAAGUAUUCUCAACCGAUCAUCACAUCGAAUUGUAUGUCGUCGUCGUCACAAAUGGCCGAUUUCAUCUUCACAAACGCCACUCAACCGCUGUAUACAUCUACGAUUGGUGUUGAGAACAGUCUCGCGACUGUGUGUGCGCCAACAACAUCGCUUAUGCAGCAACCUCAACAGCAAGUUUUAUAUGAUGGCAGCACUACAACCGUACCACAAUUUGAUUCUACCACUGUGCACGCAAUCUAUGCAGGUGUUGGCAGGGUUACACAAGAUCCCUAUUACGCUGCUUGUAGCCUUCAGCAGCCACCAUCUUCUCUUACUCCUCUCGGAUUCCAGGUGAUGCCUGCAGUCAAUUUGGAGCAACCUCCUCCUCCUUCCAUACAGCCGAAUAACGUAUAUGGUGGCACUUAUUAUUCAUCAUAUCCACCUUAUCAGCAGUACUGA